GGGGUUCUAAACCGGAGUCGCUGCCAACCCAACCCAAACCGUUGCUGUUGGAACGUCCAUCCCGGCCGUGUACCACGCUGCCAACUUCGUGCCGUGUGGAAUUCAUGCUCAGGCCGCCAGUCAGAACCAGAUGGCCACAGAAUCGCACACCGCCGGAUGUGUAUUAAUAUGCGCUGCUGCCCAGGCUACUACGACGACGCGUGUAGUAGCCGUCGCAUGAAGCAGGGCCUUGCCGAAUCCUCAAGUAGCUCAAGGAGAAAGAAGAGGCCGGGACGGGCGAGCGGGGCGGUCAGGGGAUGGGCGGCACCGACUGGCCGUCGCCGUCGGCGCCGAAGAGCGCGGUGAGGGCGGUGGCGCAGCACCACCAGGCCGUGGUCGGGUUCCUCCUCGGCUUCUUCCUCGUCCUGCUGCUCUACACCACCUUGUCCUCCCAGUUCGGGUCGCAAAACGCCAUUGGUGUCCUACAGUCGACGCCGGCCGUGAGUACGGGUCAAAACGCCAAUACUCCUCCAACGUCGCCAUCGUCGAUGCCGAACAACAUGGCAAAAGAUGAUGAGAAUGAGAAAAAUCCAGAAGGAGGUCAAGCAGUGAACGAUGCAAGAAGUGACAGGAUGGAGGAGGAAGAGCUUAUCCGGCAAGAAGUCGAUCAAGGCAGCAUAAAAAAUGAUACCAACAUCGAACCAGUUACGGCACGCAAGCCAAUCUGCGACCUCUCCGAUCCCAGAUACGAUAUCUGCGAGAUCUCCGGCGACGCACGCGCCCUGGGAGCCAACCGCACCGUCCUCUACCUCCCGCCAGCCGGCGAGCGCGGCGCGGACAGCCAGGAGUGGAGCAUCCGGGACCAGUCACGCAAGUACCUGGAGUACGUGGGCAAUGUCACGGUCAGGUCGCUCAACGCCUCCCAGGCGGCGGCGGCGCCGGAGUGCACCUCCCGGCACGCCGUCCCGGCCGUGGUGUUCGCGAUGAACGGGCUCACGUCCAACCCGUGGCACGACUUCAGCGACGUGCUCAUCCCCCUCUUCAUCACCACGCGCGCGCUGGACGGCGAGGUCCAGUUCCUCGUCUCCGACCUCCAGCCGUGGUUCGUGGACAAGUACCGGCUCAUCCUCCGCAACCUCUCCCGCUACGACGUCGUCGACUUCAACCAGGACGGCGGCGUCCGGUGCUACCCGCACGUCACCGUCGGCCUCCGCAGCCACCGCGACCUAGGCAUCGACCCGGCACGCGCGCCGCGGAGCUACACCAUGCUCGACUUCCGGCUCUACGUCCGCGAGAUCUACGCGCUGCCGCCGCCGGGCGUCGACGUCCCGUACAAGGAGCAGCAACGGAAGCCGCGGCUGAUGCUCAUAAACCGUGGCCGGACGAGGAAGUUCGUCAACUUCCCGGAGAUCGUCGCGGCGGCGCAGAGCGCCGGGUUCGAGGUGGUGCCCGUCGAGCCGCGGCGGAACCUCAGCGUGGAGGAGUUCUCCCAGGUGGUGGACUCGUGCGACGUGCUCAUGGGCGCGCACGGCGCCGGGCUGACCAACUUCUUCUUCCUCCGGAGCAACGCGGUGAUGCUGCAGGUGGUGCCGUGGGGGCACAUGGAGCACUCGUCCAUGGUGUUCUACGGCGGGCCGGCGAGGGAGAUGCGGCUGCGGGACGUCGAGUACAGCAUCGCGGCCACGGAGAGCACGCUCUACGACAAGUACGGCAAGGACAACCCGGUGAUCAGCGACCCGGAGUCCAUACACAAGCAAGGGUGGCAGUUUGGGAUGAGGUAUUACUGGAUAGAGCAGGACAUCAGGCUCAAUGUCACAAGAUUUGCUCCCACACUGCACCAGGUGCUCCAGAUGCUCAGGGAAUAAUAGGGGGGAGGGAAUUAAAACAAAUAUGGACAAUUAGAUUAUUACAUCGAUCCAUGCUUAGAGAUGUAUAGGAUGAAUAUUUUUACAUUUGUUGUGAUGAUCAUGGUCAUCUUCUUUCUAGAUCAAUCUGAUGUUCACCGAACAUCCCAAUAUGUGUGAAGAGAUUACUAAAGAAGAUUGGCAAAAUUUGUGGAGACAUCAUUCUUUUUUUGGAAAUUAAAAGGCACUUAAAUG